AUGUCAAAUAUUUUCAGUAGUGUUAUCUCUACUGAUCCACCUCUUUCAAUGUUUAUCCAAAGACCAGGAGAAACUGCAGUUCCUGCAAAUGUUAGCAAUGCUUCCCCAGUGGAAACGAAUACUUUUUAUUGCAACAUGUUAAUUGCUACUCAAGAUUGUUCUGUUUACACCCACCCUUAUAGUGUUACUUAUGCUCAUGCUGAUAAUAAUUAUGGUUUAACUAUUUAUCACGCUCAAGAAUCUGAUAGAGUAUUUGGUCCUGGUAGUCCAGCUUCUUAUUUUUAUUCACCAACAGGUAUUCAAGAGUUGGUUUUUACCGCUGCUGAUUUUGACGCCAACUUUGAAUUUGGUUUAAUUAAUAUGUCAAAAUUUGCUGUUACUACAAGAUUUACAGCAACUGAUAAUGGAUACAUGGACUGUCCAAUUGUACAAGGUAUGGGUUUUGUUACUGCAAUUUAUAAUAAUUUAAUUCCUCAAAUUAAUUCAAGUGUUGGUUUUCAAUCAGUUCAAGGUACCACAUCUCCUAAAAGUGGAAUUUUAAAAUUUAUUAUAACUUUAUUGAAUGGUACAACAUGGUCUUUAUAUGUUACAAUGCCUUCUGGCCAAUCUUUAAGUUUCAAAUUACAAGAUUCAAAUUCUAUUAUUACUUCUAAUUCUGUUGAUGGUGCUGUAUUCCAACUUUGUUUUGGUGAAGAUUCAAAUUUUGAUAGUGCAGCAGGUUGUUAUCCAACUGAUGCGACUUUAACAGCUACCGUGAAUGGUUCUAGUUGUACUUAUGGUUUUGAUUAUUCAGUUUCAGGUUCUUCAAAUAGUGGAACUACAUUAAUGUUUGCCGCUCCACAUCAAGUUGCCACUUUUACUAGUCAAACUACAGGAACUCAAACUUCUUUAACAUGUCUUUCUACAACUUUAGGUACUAUGAUUGGUUGUUUAACAAAUUCUUUUCAAAUGGAAGAACAAAUUCCAACUUCGAUGGAAUGGGAUCCAUAUACAACCAUACCUGGAAAUUCCUCUAAUUAUACCGCCAAUACUAUAGCUGCUAUUACUGCAGCUGCAACUAAUGAAGUCAAUGAUGAUGUUGUUACGAUGGCCAAUGUUAAUUCAAUGUAUACUAGUGGUAAGAUUUUAUUGAAGUAUGCUUUAGUUGUAUACACUACUCAUUUCAUCAUUCAGAAUUCUGAUUUAACAAAUAUUUUAUUACCUAAGAUUAAGAGUGCUAUUGAAAUAUUUACCAAUAAUACUCAAAUUUAUCCAUUAUUUUAUGAUACUAAUUUUAAAGGAAUUGUGUCUUCUGCAACAGGAAGUGCUGAUUACGGAAACGGUCAUUAUAAUGAUCAUCAUUUCCAUUGGGGAUAUCAUAUCCAUGCUUGUGCUGUGGUUGCUAAAGUUGAUGCUGAUUUAGGAGGUACUUGGUUAAGUUCAAUUGAAGAUUGGGUUAGUACAUUAGCUAGAGAUGUUGCUAAUCCAACAUUAACUGAUCCAUACUUCCCAAUGUCUAGAUCAUUUGAUUACUUUGUGGGUCAUAGUUGGGCAAAAGGAUUAUAUUUAUCAGCAGAUGGUAAGGAUGAAGAAUCAUCUUCUGAAGAUGUCAAUCAUGCAUAUGCAAUUAAAGUUUGGGGUAAUGUUAUUGGUGAUUCUAAUAUGGAAAAUAGAGGUAAUUUAAUGUUAGCAAUUUUAAGAAGUAGUUUAAAUCUGUAUUUCCUUUAUGAAGAUAAUAAUAUUAUUGAACCAUCGAAUUAUAUUGGCAAUAAAGUUUCUGGUAUUUUAUUUGAAAAUAAAAUUGAUUAUACCACUUAUUUUGGUACAUUAGUUCAAUAUAUCCAUGGUAUUCAUAUGUUACCAAUUAUGACUGCUUCAUCUUUUAUAAGAGGUCCAACAUAUGUUCAACAAGAAUGGGAUGAAAUUUUAUCAUCAAUCAUUAAUGAUGUUCCUGAUGGUUGGAGAGGUAUUUUAAUGUUAAAUGUUGCUCUUUAUGAUCCUACUACUGCUUAUCAAUUCUUUAGUAGUUCAUCAUUUACAGAUGCAUACUUGGAUAACGGUCAAUCAUUGACUUGGUCAUUAGCUUAUUGUGCUGGUGUUGGUGCAACUAGUUAG